AAUAGAUUUCAACAAAGUCGUGUUUGAAGAAAAUAUAUUAAUUAAUAUAUCAAAAUGCGAUUGUCUUUGCGAUUAGUAUCAUUAAUCCUUUUAAUUGGCAUCUGGAUUGACAUUACACAAUGUGCCAAUAUACCUGAAAGAACAAAGACAGAGGCAAGUGGUAGCGGAUUAGCAGAAACUAGUGAAACUGCUGUGGGAGGAGGUGAUGAAGGGAAUGAAACUGAUGAUACAGACUACAGCGAAAUUAGUUCAAGUGGAGAUGAUUUGAGCACUAAUGGCUCUGAUGAUAACGAGGAAUUGGCAUCAGGAACAACUGGAUUGGACGACGAGGAAUUAAGUGAAACAGGAUUUACUGGUGAAUCUGAUACAAAUGAAGAAACUGAUGAAACUGGAAGCUUUAGUAGUGGAGAAAUGGAAGAAACUGCACAAACUGGUGAUGGGGAAACCGGUGAAACAGGAACGUUAAGUAGUGGAGAAAUGGAAGAUGGUAAUGAGGAAACUGCAGGCUCAGGAUCAUUUGGUGGUGAUGAAGACGGACUGAUGGAUAAUGAAGAAAUCAGUGACACGGGUUUUACUAAUGAAGGAGAAACUAAUGAAGUAGAAGAUGGAUUGAAUGGAACUGAAGAAAUUAGUGAAACAGGAUCGUUUGGUAGUUUAAAAGAUGGUUCAAAUGAAAUAGAUGAAACUGGAACUGGAAAUAUUGCAUCAAAUGAAGUCGGUUCAGAUUCAACUGCUGAGAGUGAAUCGGAGUCAAGCGCUGUAGGUGAUAGUGGUUCUAGUGCUAGUGGCACUAGCGCCUCUGGUUCUAGCGCCAGUGGCAGUAGUGCUACAGGAAUUAGCUCAACUGGUAGUGGUGAUUUCUUUGAGAAACCUUUAACCACUCCUAAUAAGAAGAAACCAACUACUAAGAAACCAACAACUAAAAAACCUAUUAAUAAAAAACCCGUUAACAAAAAGCCAGCUAACAAUAAACCGGUUAAUAAGAAACCUGCUAAUAAGAAACCACUUAAUAAGAAACCAGUUAAUAAGAGACCUUUUAAUAAAAACCCUGCUAAUAAGAGACCUGGCAAUAAGAAUCCAAACAACAAGAAACCAGUUAAUAAAAAACCUAUUAAUAAGAAUCCCGCUAAUAAGAAACCUAUUAACAAAAAACCUAAUGCCAACAAACUGCCAAAUAAACAAAACAAUAAUGAGAAGCCCGCUAAUAAUAAGCCCAAUGCAGGAAAACCAGCCAACAAAAAACCUGCCAAUCAAAAUGCUGCUGCAAAAAAACCCGUUAAUAAGAAACCAGCAAACAAGAAACCUGGAAAUCAAAAUUCUGCAGCUAAAAAGCCGCCAGUUGUUAAAAAGCCUAAUACCAAACAACCUGCAAACAAAAAACCCACUCCUAAUAAGCCUACAGCAAAGCAACCCGAAUCCAAAAAAUCUGCUCCCAAAAAUCCAGCAGUCAAAAAGCCGUUACCCAAUAAACCUGUCAACAGAAAACCUUCCAACAAGAAGCCUACACCCAAAAACAAUAAACCCAAUGCUAAUAAACCCCGCAAAUAAACAACGUUAAACAAUAAUUUUGAUAGAUAUUAAUUUUUAUAAUUGAUU